UCCUGUGGACUCGAAAACUUGUAUUAUCCCUUCGUCUUUGCCGGGCGAAUUAGAGAAGAACAGAGACGGUAUGUUUGAUAUGAAGAAGAAAGCAAAGACACGAGAAUACACCAAGAUUGUCUCUGACGUCGAAGAACCACCUUGUAGGUUUGUUUGUCAGCCUCCGAAGAGCGAACUUCGGGAUGGAAGAAAAAGAUUGAUCGUCGCUAUUCUGUUUUGCGUGUUUUUCAUAAUCUGUGAGAUAACCGGUGGUUUUAUAGCUAAUAGUUUAGCUGUACUGAAUGAUGCACUUCAUCAGAUCUUUGAUYUGAACAGUCUACUGAUGAGUUUAGCAGCUGCCUGGAUUUCGAGCUGGAAACCAAAUGACAGAAAAACCUAUGGAUAUUUCAGAGCAGAAAUUCUUGGCGCGUGCUCAGUAAUAUUGACGCUAUGGCUGCUGACCGGAGUGCUUGUGUACGAAGCAAUUCUUAGAAUAGCUACAGGAUCCGUGGCACAUGGGCACUCAGAUCACGUGAAUGCUGACAUCAUGAUGAUAACAGCCGGGCUUACAUGUGGAGCUUGCAUCAUCCUUGCAUUCAUGCUGAGCGGUAUGGGUCAUAACCACAGCCACGGCCAUAAUCAUGGAGAAGAGAACAUCAACGUUAAAGCUGCUUUUCUACACACUAUUGGUGAUGCUAUCUACAGUUUUACUGUUCUAGUAGCAGGAGCUAUCAUAAAGUUCAAGCCUGAGUGGCAGAAAGCAGAUGCCGUGUGCAGCUUGAUAGGUGCUGUAAUCGUAGUUGCAAGUACGUUUAGCGUCGUGAGAGAUUCUAUCAACAUCUUAUUUGAAGGCAUUCCUCGUAGUGUUCGAAUAGCAGAUAUCAACCGAGAUUUAAGCUCGAUAGACCACGUGCAAGGUUAUCACAAUGUCCAUUUYUGGGCAAUAACCGCUGGAAGGAACGCCUUAUCUGCACACCUGGUCGUAGAUUCUCUUGCAGACGUAAAUAGCACUUUAAGGAACGCUUCUAAGAUGCUGUCGUCCAAAUACAGCCUGUAUCACUGUACGCUUCAGAUAGAACAGCAAGAAAACAAGACAGGGAUCCCAGCUGAAUCAAAAGGCGACUGCUAGCAUGAUGUUCGCAUAAGGAAACAUUUCUGUAAAAUUAUACUCUUUACUCUUCAUUAAAGAAGCUCAGCUAAAUCAAAGUAAAACCAUUAAUAAUA